CAAGGCCGUUCUCCUGUCAGGCGGAGGCUUUGUGACGCUCCCCGCGCUGGAACACCUGGAGCCACCGCGGUGGCCAGCGAGUGACGCGACGACACUCAACGGGAGGGAAAUCUGUGGCGUCCCGGCAGUGGGCUCUCAGAGGAAGGCAAGGGGCGAUCGAGCGACAUGAGGGCACCCCGGUGAGGAGGAGCCACCGUGUCGGAGCGGGUCGCGCGCAACCGCCACGGCUUAUCCUCUUCCCCGCAGAACCGCGGACGAGGGUCCUGUGAAGCAGUGAUUUGCCCAAAGCUGAGCAGAGGCUUGCAGUCAAUUUCAGGAUUUGAAAAAUAUUUUAAAAACAUGGACAGCCAUAAAUACAGUUAUUCAAGGGAAUUUUAUGAUCGAUAUGCUCAAGGCCAAGACAAAUCUGUGGUAAAUAAAAUGCAGCAGAAAUAUUGGAAAACAAAACAAACCCUUAUCAAAGUCACUGGAAAAAAAGAGGAUGAGCAUGUAGUGGCCUCAGAUGCAGAUCUGGAUGCUAAACUGGAACUAUUCCAUUCAAUUCAGAGAACUUGUAUGGAUUUACUUAAAGCAAUUGAACAUUAUCAAAAAAGGAUUUGUUUUCUGUCUCAGGAAGAAAAUGAAUUGGGAAAAUUUCUCCGAUCUCAGGGUUCUCAGGAUAAAACAAGAGCAGGCAAGAUGAUGCAAGCUACCGGAAAGGCACUCUGUUUUUCUUCUCAGCAAAGACUGGCAUUGCGCACUCCUUUGUGCAGACUGUACCAAGAAGUGGAGACAUUUAGAUACAGAGCUAUUUCUGAUACAUGGUUGACAGUCAACCGAAUGGAACAAUGUCGGACUGAAUACCGAGGAGCUCUGUUAUGGAUGAAAGAUGUUUCUCAAGAACUGGAUCCUGAUCUUUAUAAGCAGAUGGAAAAAUUUAGGAAGGUUCAAGCACAAGUCCGUCAUACAAAAUUGAAUUUUGACAAAUUGAAAACUGAUGUCUGUCAGAAAGUGGAUCUUCUUGGAGCAAGUAGAUGUAAUCUUCUGUCUCACAUCCUUACAACAUACCAGACAACUCUUCUUCAUUUUUGGGAAAAAACAUCUCAUACCAUGGCAGCUAUCCAUGAAAGUUUCAAAGGUUAUCAGCCAUACCAAUUCACUAUGUUGAAGAACUUACAAGAACCUGUAAAUAAAUUAAUAGAAAAUGAAGAAAAGGAGGAGGAACUGCAUCAUACCAAAUCAGAGGAUGAUCAACAGAGUCAGUUGAUAUCGUUAGAUGAUGAAAGCAACACCAACGAAACAGCCAACUCAGCAGAAGAUGCUAAUGACAUGCUGAGUACUUUUGGAGAGAACUUCAAUCACAGAGAAAAUUCAGAAGUUAUGGAUCACUUAUUAGAAUUGAAGCAUGGAGAAAAUGCAGUAUCAAAGGACCAGCUUGUGAGCUCCCUAGAACCUGAACCUACUGAUAAGAAUGACAUGGUAUUGUUAAAUGAGAUUCUCAAUGCAUCUUCUUUGGAUGAUGGCGAAUUCAGCAGGGAAUGGGUAGCUGUCUUUGGAGAGGUUACCCUUGCUGACACAGGGGCAAACUCUUCUGUGGGAGAAAUUGAGAGCAGUCAAUCACCAUCAGGCUUCCUUCCUUCUCAGCUUUUAGACCAAAACAUGAAUAAUUUGCAACGUUCUCUUCAAGGCUGGGGAGCCAGCAGCAUUAACCCAUCACCUGCAGUGCAGACAGGACAGAAAUCCAACAGCUUCAACCCAAAUGUCAACAAGACACCAAUGAAAGAAGCUGGAAGUUCUUCUAAAGAUUUAACAGCUUGGUUUAGCCUCUUUGCUGAUCUGGACCCUUUGUCCAACCCAGAUGCUGUUGGGAAAACAGAUAAAGAACAUGAAUUGCUCAAUGCAUGACUUGUCUACCUAUGGUAAAUCUCUAUUCACCAAUCAUUAACACUGUCUUGGAGGUUUAAGAAAAUUUAAAACUGAACCAAUGCAUUGUUGUACGACUUCUCAGUUUUGUGCCAUUCUAAUAAAAUCACAGGAUUGACCUUUCCCUUUCUAUAGGUUACAAUUAUUAGCUCUUGUUUAUAUAAACAGUUUACACCCAUUUUUGUAAGUAGAUGUACUGAAUGAAAUUUUGGUUUAAAGAGAAUUGCUAAGUAGAUUAGUGUACUUGAUGUCACUUGAUUAUCUUGACAGCAGUCACAUGGUAAUAAAAAGAUAAAAUGUAAAAGAAAGGUUAUUUUUGUAUAUUUAUUCUUUGCCUAAAUCAGAAAAGAAAAUCAUAUAAUUGGAAGUUGCAUGGAUUGAAUCAGGAAGACAAUAAUGUGUAAUAAAUGCAGAAUAUAAACUAAAUUUCUAUUCUUAGUAUCAAUAAUGAAAAAUCUAUACUUUGGGACUAAUCAUAAGAAAAUUAUAGUUGAGUAUGAAUCUUCUGCUCACUCUCUGAUUUUAAAUUAUUAAAUAGCAUGGCAUAAGUUCAAAUCCACUGCCAAGACUACAUACUUUUAGAGUGUUCUUUUGUGCCAGCAGUUUCUGCUAUAAAAGAGACUAGAUUUUUAUUGCCUUUGCCACCAUGUGCAUUCAUGAUAAUCUUCGUUUCUUCUAUAAGCCUCUUUUCAUUGUAGCUGGUUUCAUACAACCAUAUUCUUAAGCCUGUUGUAACACUCUUCUUUAAUAAAGAUGGUUUUGACAAAAA